AGGGCGGGGGCAAUCCAGGGGUUUUAUAUCCGGGUCGUGAUGCGUUUCAAAGCCGAACGCUGCAACUCUUCAAUUGUUGUAUAACGUGUCUACGUGAUCAAGUGGAUCUUUAAGAUGUCUGGAAGAGGAAAGACCGGUGCCAAGGCCCGCGCAAAGGCGAAGACCCGUAGUUCCAGGGCCGGGCUGCAGUUUCCAGUUGGCCGAGUUCAUCGUCUUCUCCGCAAAGGUAAUUACGCUGAGCGUGUGGGCGCUGGCGCUCCAGUCUACCUGGCCGCCGUGCUGGAGUAUCUCACUGCUGAGAUCCUCGAGUUGGCUGGCAAUGCUGCCCGGGACAACAAGAAGACUCGGAUCAUCCCUCGCCACCUCCAGCUGGCGGUACGUAACGACGAGGAGCUGAACAAACUGCUUGGCGGUGUCACCAUCGCCCAGGGAGGCGUCCUGCCCAACAUCCAGGCAGUCCUUCUACCCAAAAAGACCGGCCAGGCUGCUGCGACCACCGGGAAGGCGGGAAAGAAGGCCUCCUCGCAAUCUCAGGAGUACUAGCCGCAUGGCUAACAAACUUGCAACCCAACGGCCCUUUUAAGGGCCACCCACAAUGCACAAAAAGAGCAACUUUCCCUGUGUUUCCCUUUGUGUCUUUGUAAAUAAAGCUUAUUUCGC